AAAGUGAUAAGGGACCAGUGAGUUUGCGGCCUUUUGACACAUCCAACUGCACUCGUCAAGAUGGAAGUGGAUCACGCGAUACCCCCAGUGGAGCUCGCGAUGGAGCACAAGCUGAGAGAAAACCUCGAAAUACAUUACCUCGAGUUUGUGGAUACUUCAGGCAACUGUGGAAUGUCCUAUGCCGUCACUAUCGUCUCGCCCGGGUUUUCAAAAAAGAUUACUCUGCAAAGACAUAAACUUGUCAACCAAAUCCUCAAGGAUGAGAUAGCCCAGCUCCAUGCUUUCUCUCAGGUAAGGGUACAGUAAAUCCCUCAAACCGCCAAGCUGACGAGUCACGCAGAAAACCUUAACGCCAGAGCAAUGGGCAAAGGAACAGUCCAAAUAAGCAGACAGCAGACGACCUUAGACGGAAGACGGCGUGGGCAUUGUGUCAUCAUCUCAGUUAUCACCACCGUAUAGAUCUUCAUCAACUAUGUAUCACUAGCAUAUGAUCAUGCAAUA